AUGGCAUUAUUAGGCCGAAGUGAUUUAACCAUUUUAAAUUGUAUAUCCACAUAUUCAGCUGCUAUAAAACGUGAACGAGAUGUCAAACGCUUGCCUAGUAUGUUUUUUGGUUUGAAUAAUGAAGAUCAAAGAGGUUUAGAAGUAUUGUGUACAACCAGUGAUAGUAUACACAAUUGGUGGUUGAAAUUUUAUCGAAAAUGA